CCAUUAUUAGCGCCAAAAGACUGAAUUUGUCUUUUCCCACUGCUGUUUUGAUGUUCCUUACAUAAUAACGAAAAACAGUAUCCAUGCUGAUUAAGUUUUAGAUUUACUCGUUUUUGAUCCCCAGUUCAAUUUAAUAGAUGAGGGCUACAAACGGUGUGAAGACUUUUUGUGUGGAAAAAUGUCAGGAAAAUUGAUGUAGCUCCCCGAAUAAAAAAAAAAGAAAAAAAAAGGAGUGUCAUUGAGUGGAAACUUGUCAUGUAGAAAUUCAUCAAAGCAAUAAAGAGGGCGUUUAAUAAGGUUUUUCCUGAAGUCAAUAAAAGCAGCGGCAGCAGCAGCAGUAGUCUCAGUUCCCAGAUCCAUCCCCCUCCCUCCUGCCUGCCUCUCAUAUCCUCCCCCCGGGCUGCACUCGCUGCUGCAGCGGAGGAGCUGCUGAUUCACCCCCGGACAGCCGGCGUAGCGUAGCGUGGCGUAGCGCACCGUCACUCUUUAUAUUUACGCUGCCGUGGCUGCUUGGCAUCUUCCCCUCCUCCAGUCAGGAAAGUUUGCUGCGGUUUGUCCUGGACUAAUUGAUCCAACAAAGCGUUUUUAAACCCUCAGACAGAAAGAGAAACAAAAUAGAAAAGAAAAAGCUAAAUAUUUUUUUUGCCUCAUCAUGACUGCGGAGAUGCGGCGAAGCAGUGGUGCAUUUUCGGUCCCGAUCAAGAACAUCGAGCGGGAGCUGAUCUGCCCCAUCUGCAAGGAGCUCUUCACCCACCCGCUCAUCCUGCCCUGCCAGCACAGCGUCUGCCACAAGUGCGUCAAAGAGCUGUUGAUGCUGAACUACGAGGACUCGUUCGAUGCUGGCUCUGAGAGCUCAGUGCCGGGCAGCCCGCGGUCCAGGGUGCCUUCCCCCUCCAUGGAGAAGCUGGACAGGCUUGUCAGAUCAGGUUCGAUCUCAUCCCCGGGUUGGCGCCGAGGGUCUGUGACUCCCCGGGUCACCGCCAUCCCGUGCCCUGGCUGCCAGCAUGACAUCGACCUGGGAGAGCGCGGCAUCAGCAUGUUGUUCCGUAACUUCACCCUGGAGAGCAUCGUGGAGCGUUACAGGCAGGCUGCCCGCGCGGCCGUUGCAAUCAUGUGUAACGUCUGUAAACCUCCAAACCAGCAGGAGGCAACUAAGAGCUGCAUGGACUGCAAAGCUAGCUACUGCAACGAGUGCUUCAAAUUACACCAUCCAUGGGGCACCCCCAAAGCCCAGCAUGAGUAUGUUGGUCCCACCACAAAUUUUAGGCCAAAGGUGCUCAUGUGUCCAGAGCAUGAGAUGGAGAAGGUGAACAUGUACUGUGAAGUCUGCAGACGGCCGGUGUGUCAUUUGUGUAAACUGGGAGGGUCCCAUGCCAACCACAAAGUCACUUCGAUGAGCAGUGCUUACAAGAUCCUCAAGGAGAAACUAGCAAAGAGUAUCCACUAUCUCAUCAGUAAAGAAGACCAGGUCAGGACUCAGAUUACUGAGCUUGACCGGCUCAUCAGUCAGACCGAGGAAAAUGGACAGCUUGCAGAGCGACAAGCCAACGAACAUUUUGAACGUCUGUUUGAGACUCUUCAAGAAAGAAAAUCAGAGAUGCUGAGAUCUAUUGAACAGUCCCGUAACAGACGCAUAGGCCAACUGAAAGGCCAGGUGGAGGAGUACCAGGGUAUGUUGGAGAACAGCGGCCUGGUUGGCUACGCCCAGGAGGUGCUGAAAGAGACCGAUCAGUCCUGCUUUGUCCAGACUGCAAAGCAGCUACAUGUCAGGAUUCAAAGAGCCACUGAAUCAUUAAAGACCUUCCACCCUUCAGCUGACCCUUCCUUUGACGAGUUUGUGCUGGACACGUCCAAAGAGGAAACUUUGCUGAAAGAGAUGUGCUUCGGUGGAGUCCCAGACCCUCCUCUGAUUGACUGGACCCACAGCAGAGUUUACAAUGAGGCCUCAAUUUGCUGGAGGCUCUCUGAGGACCAUCUCCCAACAGAUCACCAUAUUCUAGAGUACCGCAAAGUUGGGGGACAAAGCCGAUCUCCAUCUCCAGGGAAUGGAGAGGACAAAGGUGUCUGGAGGGCUACGGACAGGGUGUAUGGGUCCAGUGCUCUGGUGCACGACCUGGAACCUGACGGUCAGUACGCUUUUAGGGUUCGAAGCUGCAGGAACUCCAUGUUCAGCCCGUACAGCCCAGAGGUCUCCUUCCACACUCCACCUGCACCUGUUUUCAACUUCCUGUUCAGUGACAAGUGUGGAUUCAGUACCGAGCGCCUAAUUUUGAACAAUCGACGGGAUGCUGUGGAGAGCGUGGCGGGUAUGGCUUUCCUCCUUUCAGCAGAACGUGUGCAAACCGGCAGCUACAUCGGUCUGGACUACAUCAUUGGGGACACUGGCAUCUCCCAGGGGAGACACUACUGGGCCUUUAAGGUGGAGCCGUACACCUACAUGGUAAAAGUCGGUGUGGCUUCUGAUACCAAGCUGGCUGAAUGGUUCCACAACCCAAGAGACACUAGCAGUCCAAGGUAUGACCAUGACAGCGGACAUGACAGUGGCAGUGAGGAUGCAUGCUACGAGCUCUCCCAGCCCUUCACACUUAUCACCCUGGGCAUGGGUAAACUCUUUAUCCCCAAGGCCUCUUCUUCCUCCUCCGUUUCCAAUGCAAAUGUAUCAUCCGGUGACUCGGGCAACCGCGUGCUUCCCAUGCCGCAGCGCCUGGGCAUAUGCUUGGACUACGAUGCACAUCGGGUGUAUUUUUACGACGCCGACACCAUGAGGUGCCUUUUUGAGAGGCAGGUCGACUGUUCGGGAACGAUGUUUCCAGCCUUUGGUCUCAUGGGCAGUGGAAAGGUCCAGCUAGAGGAGUUCAUUACCGCUAAGAAACUGACCUUCUGAGUAAGAAUGGAGGGAAGAUAUUGAUGCAUUAAGACUUUAAUAAAUUACAUUUUUCUUUGGUAUUUUUCUGCGAAAACCUAGAAGGUACGUUGUCCUGUGAGGGUAAAAUCCAACCGUUUUUUCUUAGUGAUGGGCCUGUUAUCAGCAGGGCUUCCCUCUCCCCCCACUCUGUGAAUGAGAUAACUCAUGCGUGUCCACAUGCAGAGGUCUUCGAAGAUUGACAAGAAAUGUCAUCUUUGUAAACCAAAGUCCCUGUAUUAGUGAAUUGUAAUUGACCCGCUUUAAUUUACCAGCUGAGAUCAGCUAUUACUGAACUGGCUAUAGAAUAUGUAGUCACUUUAAAUAUUUUAACCUGAAACAACUUACACUGACGCACUGCUUUAUUAUUCUAGAUCGUUUCUUGUUUUUUAAAUCGUUGGUGGUUCUGUGUGAAGGUAGCAGCAAAGGUUUAGAUGCUAGAGGAUAUGAGGGAAGGUUGCUGCUAGUUUUGAAACUAGCACCUUUGUGCCUUUUUUUCCUCCCCUUUUUGUUUUAAAAUAAAAAUUAAUCACAGAAGUACACAAUUGAUAAAUCUACCAGUUUACUCUAUUUUAUCACUGGAAACACUAUCAGUUUCAAUGUUGGCUGUUUUGCACAUGAGUGAAUUGAUGCACAUAAUCUCUUGCUUUCAUCACUGCUUAGUUUUUUUUUUCAUUAUCAAUAAUUGUGAGCACAGCAGUAAACGUAUGGAUGUCUUGCAUUCACACACAACUUGUUCUUGUAUUUAAUUAUGUGACCAAUUAUGUCACUUUUUUAUUAGCACAAAACACUAACUUUAACUUCAAUGUUGUCCAGUUACUAAAAUCUGCUUUACUUUAUAACUGCGAUACCAUGACCAGCCUGAACUCUUUGGCUAUGGUGCUUAUUGAAGUGCAACACACAGCUUUAUCACCCAACAGCCUUUUAACAGUUUAAAGGAAGCAUUUAUUCAGGUUCGUCCAAAAAGUGCUAUCACAAGAUGGCACCUUGAUUUCGGUGCACAGCCAUUAGGUGUAGCAUGUUAAUCUCCUUACUGUUCAAGUUUGGCUGUCAUGGAGAAGUUGCUGUUGAAUUUUAGGGACACAUUAGAUGGACUAAAAAGUUUGUUUGGACACCACACUUCAAUUGGUUAAUAUUUUCUCUUUAAUUUUUUUAUGUGCCUGCACAUGGGUUGGUUUGUACAUCUGUGUGUGUAUAUAUUGAGAUUUCUGGAGGGUUAGGGUAACCGGUCUGUGUGCGUUUUCUCAGGUUUUUAGCCCAGAUUUGGGUCUGAAGCUACCUACCUCUGUCACUCUGCCCUGGAAAACCUUAACUGCUGUCCCUUUCCUGAAAGAAACUUCUUAACUUCAUUGAUGGCUCCUUUUAUCUUUUUAGGUUUCUAAUAAUUUUGUUUAGGUAAGACAUUAAGCUGACAUUUUUAUUUUUUUUAAGAUGUGUACAUGCUAAUCUAGAAUUUGUUUUCAGUGGAAUAAAGUAAAUCAUAAAUGUUAGUGUGUUACUGUAUGGAGAUGUUGACCUGUUCAGCUGCCUUUUGUCAAGGGAUUUUUUUUUUUUUCUUCAAUGGAACAAACUACUUCUCUUCCUGUUGAGUGUUCUUUAGGCUUUAUUUUUGGUGUAAAAUGUUUUCUUUUCUUUUUUUUCUUUUUUUUUUAUCAAUAACUGAUGUCUCCAAUUUCAAAAAGGAAUAUUCAAUUAGUGACGGUGUGCGUAUUUUGUCCCACGUGUUUUGCAUCCGUUUUCACUCCAGUCCUCACAGACCUAAAAUCAUAU